GACCAUGGAAACGUGCGUACUUCUGCCACCGCAAAGGUAGUUGUGCUCUUCAAGAUGCUGCUGUUAUCAAAUGUCGUCGAUACCACGUCGUGGGGAAUCUCCCCUCGCUCCCUACGCCGAGCAGCUCUUCUACGCCCGUCGCCCAUUACCUGAUAUCAGCGGAAGAGCAGUCAUGCCUCGUCCCAAUCCUCCACCCACUCCGGGCUCUUCUAGCGAUAUUCGCGGCAAAGAGGGCGCUCACACAGCACCUGUCUUCACCCUUCCGCCUACGGCCUUUCAAGAGCCUGACCGUGCGAGCACCAGCUCCGCAGCAUCUUCAAACAAUGGUUCGGAUUCGUCGUAUCGCCCAGUCUCUCCAACCUCGACCGAACUACAACGCAAGAGGCCGUCAACUUCGGUGAUCACCAAAGAUGACUUUGCAUUACCUCCUCCGCCGACGAGGUCUCGAAAGAUCAUUCAGAUGAAGCCGAAAGAGAGUGAGCCAACCAACAGCUCGUCAAAUCAAUCCGCCGCGGGCAAGAGUCAGACUACAACAAGUCAAGCUGCCGGGAAGAAGAAGCAGAACAAUGCCGGGUCUACGGCUGCAGGAAGGAAAAUUGCACGGAAGACGGCACACAGCUUGAUCGAACGGAGGAGAAGGUCGAAGAUGAACGAGGAGUUUGGUGUGCUGAAAGAUAUGAUUCCAGCUUGCAAGGGCCAGGAAAUGCACAAGCUGGCGAUAUUGCAGGCAAGUAUCGAAUACCUUCGAUACCUAGAACAAUGCGUAGCCGACCUCCAAGCACAAACCUCUCCUCGCAUGCAACCUCAACGCUCGGAGUUCCGCCGAACAGAACGCCAGGAAGAGGAAGACAAUGACGAAGAAAUGGAAGACGACAACCAAGACGCUGCCACACCUGGAAGCUCCACUCCUGUCACCGCCACCCUCGGCGGCAACCACUCUCAUUCCAACUCCAUCAUCUCCCUACCUUCCCUCUCGCAAAUCACCACCGCCUCCACCAGCUCUCCUUCCAUCUUCUCUGCCGGAGCAGGAGGCCGUCACUACUCCGUCUCGUCCGCCGCCAGUCAAGCCAGCUACUCGCCUUUCUUCCACUCCAACCAAGCAUCGCCCGCCUUUGGUCCGCAACUGCAUCACGUCUCGACUGCCCCACCCUUCGGCAGCGCCGCUGCGUUCGGAUUAGGAAGUCCGGCAUUAAAACCGUUGGAUUCAUCAAUACAGUCGCAUCAGCUGCGAAACAUUGCGGAGAACGCUACGGAGCUGACGCAAAGUUUGCCGCAGACGAAGGUUGCUAGGACGGAGCGGGAGUUGGAUCAUGAGGCCACUGCGGCGUUGUUGAUGUUGAACCACGAUCGGAGAAGUUGGCGGGAUGGAGAGACUGGACGGAGUGCAAGCACGGGAAUGAGCGUGAAGGAUCUAUUGAGUGGUUGAUGGGCUCGAAGUACGCGGAAGAGAAUUGGUAGUACGUGGGCUGGACCGAUGCC